AUGGAGGGCCCGUCGACCACUGCGCGCUCGUCCACUGCGCGCACAGCGCAGCGCGUCCCAGCGCCACUAGCCGUAUCCCAUGCUACUCACACGCACACCCACUUCUCAGCCGGAUCGUCCAUUCAGUGCUCCCCUGAACUGCUGCCCUUCUACUCCGCACAGUACGCCACCGGCCCUUACUCUCCCUAUGGCUAUCCCAAUCCCUAUUCCUUCUCCAUCCCACUCGCUCCCUUCCCGUACUCAUACCCGGUUAAAACCCACCCCUGCCCACCCACCUUCCACCAUCCUCUGCCCCCCAUGCCCGUUCCCUACCCAUCCUAUCAGCAUACAGAACCCCUCCAGCCCGAGGAGCCUGCAGCUCCCACCAUUCCCGAACAUCCUCUUCCCUCCUCAGACCCUCCCCCUCCAACUCGGUCCGACUCUUACACUCCCCCGCCUCCUCACGCUAGUAUCUCCUCAAGAGAAAAACGUGACAAGAAGCAUGGUUGCUGGAUGUGUCACAAGAGCUUCGAUAGGCCUAGUACUCUCAAGAAGCACCUCCUUGUGCACACCGGCGAGAAAGCCUUCGUCUGCGAGACCUGCGGACACCGCUUUGGCGUCGCCUCCAACCUGAACAGACACGCAAAGGGCUGUGCUCAACGUCAAGCCAACGCCUUGGUCAAGGGCGCAGUGUCUACCUCCCCGACCGGCACCACUCCCGCGACAGAUGCAAGUGCAGAUGCAGAUGCAGAUGCAGACACCUCGACGUCAGGCACCGCGUUUUCCGCGGCCGAGUCAAGUUCCACCCUGAGUAGUGUCGGCCUCUCCACGCACGCCGUGAUCGUCUCCACGAGCAGCGCACCCGCCCCCCCACGCGGCCGUAAGCGCAAGGUCACCUCGUCCUCAGACAACAGCUCGGGUACGCCCUCGAGCGACAGACCACCCACCCGGGCGAAGCGCGGCCGCCGCGCCCCGUCGCCCUCGCGCUGGGUCCCGGACAGCCUCAAGGUGUUCGACCUCACCCCCAUAUCCAAGGGCACGCCCGUCCCCCUUCCGCCCGUGCAGCCCUUCCAGGACGCGAACGCGCACGUCUGGGAGGAGCGCGACUCGUUCGACGAGAACGCCGACGUAGCGCCGUACCACCCCCAAGGGUGGCGAGGGAGGCUCCCCGGGCCCGGCUUGCUCGGCAAGGACGUGGCCAAUACCAGCUCGGAGGGCAUUUUGGUUUUUUGA